AUGGACCCCAUUGGUCUGGCAGCAGACACCGAGGAAUCCAUCAGGCGAACGAGGCUCUGGCAAUUCUUUCACAAUAUAUCAGCAGCGAGCCCAAUGAGACAACCAACGAACCAGAACAGUCGACAGAGAGAUCCGUGGUGCAGCGACCAAAGAAGAAGGAGUCGAGCUAGACCCCUCCGGAAGGUCGCUGCCCUAGGCUUGACGUGUGCUCUGACAGUUGGACUGGUCCGUCAGUGUCAAACCAUCCAUGGGCGUGAACGAACAUGUGUCCCUCCACGUCUUCCACCCGAAUGGGUCACAACACUAUUUUUCAUUAUUCUGGGCAUUAUUUCAUUGACAGUAACAUGCGGUUUGCUAGUGGCUUCACAUUGGCGAAGAGAAACCACCAAAUAUGCCCGCUGGAUAGCCUUUGCUGGAAUGAUCCUGUUCUGUAUGGCAGCCCUGAUAUUUCCGAUUGGAUUUUACAUCAAUGAAGUUGGAGGGCAACCAUACAAGUUACCCAACAAUACCCAGGUUGGAUCAUCGUACGUGCUAUUUGUCUUGUCCAUCUUCUUUACCAUUGUGGGACUCCUGUUUGCAGGGAAGGUUUGCCUACCUGGUUGAAGAAACAGAGAAACGCCUGCCCAGUGUUACACAUACGAGUUGCAUUUGUCAUCUGGGGACUGCUUAGAGCAACUCCCAAGACCGAGGAUGGAUUUGUUCAUAUCACUAUGCACUUUGGAGACAAAGAAGAGUUUUUCCUUCAUCUACCCUCAUGCUGAUUCAGAAUAUUGUGAAAAAAACUGCUGCUUAUUGUGGAUGAGAAUGGGGCUGUUCUGGAAAAUGAACAACCUGAGGAGACUACUUCACUGAAGCGGCAUCAAAAUCUAUCCUUCUGUGUCCCCACCAUUAACACUAUACCUGUCAACACUUCAUAUUAGCAACAGGCAUUUGAGCCCAAGUUCACACACUCACAAGUUUUCUUCACUCUUUAGAAAGAGAUUCAGUAUUAGGCUGGAAGUAAAAUGGACAAUGCAGGUGGGGCAGGCCUCACUGAAGAAUAGACUGUUGCGAUAUUUCCAAGAUGGUGAACCAUUGAAAAAUUGAAAGUUGGUGAGGAAUGUUACACUACUAAACAAAAGUUAUACCAAAUUGGAUGUGAUUCAGGACUUGGAGCGCAAUGGAGUGCCAGUCUGACCAGGAUCAAGUUAUGAAGCCUAUAGAUCAAAAAUUGCUUUCUAUUCUGUAUAAAACAAUUAUGAAAAUUUAAUCCUGCUGGAUAUUAAAGCCAAAUAUUAUGUUUUCUGUUCAGUAAUGUUUAGAAGAAAUCCCCCCUCCUCUUUCUGUUGGCUGAUGCAGUUUAAUGUAUAUGCAACUCAAGAGUGUUCAAAUGACUGGAAAACACUGUGCUGAGAAGGUCAAAGUCCGAGUUGCUGUCAUUUUGAGGUCAGAAUGGUUGAAAGUCCUCAGUUACCUCAUUCUUUGUGCUUUUUUUGUUCUGUAGUAACUGAUCCCAACUUCAUGUUUUUACACAAUAUUAUCACAUGUCUAAACCUUACUGGGUGCAAUUUUUUUUUAAGUUGACUAAGCUGAACUAAGAAAUUAUCUUUAUUAAAUUAUUUGUAUAUGAGGAGAAAGAUUGUGACAUAUCCUUUUAAUCACUCCACUGCUUAAAUCUGAUUUUUUUUUUAAAACAAUGUUUUGACUAAUGUACUGGCUGUGGUUGUCCAGAGUUGUCCUCCAGUUUUUACUACCAAAACUUCAUCCAUUGUUUGUGCAAUGUACAUCUGCCUGCAGAUGUACAUUAACUUAGCCCAUUCAGCAGCUCCAGUCACCUUCAUUGUGUUUACUUAUCCUAGGCAAUCCGGUUGUAUGAUAUUAAAUGAAGAUACUAUCUCUGAUCGGAUAACUAUAUGUUUCCAUACAUCUAUGUAGAGCCAUUAAACUGAGCUUCCCUUUCAGACCUUGUGCUGAUGCUUCGGGAUCAGUGUGAAGUUGUUCACUAUGAUGACAAUAAUGGAUUGAGCUAUCUGAUCGACAGGAACAGGUACAGAAUUGUGUGAGACCAGCUGUUGAAGGACUGCUGCAGUUCUACACAAGCUUUCUGAGUGAACUCAACUGACCUAGUAUUUAAUAUAUCAGCAAUAAAGCUUGGCUUAGAUGUCUAUAAAGAACACUACUGUCCUAUCCUAAGAUACACAUCUGCACUGAGACAUAGUAAUUACAGCUCUGAGACUGCUGCAGGAAUAUUGCUAAUUCCCAUUCACUCUUAAAAAUGGAGUUUAGAUGCAGGCACUGUACAAAUGUACUAUGUGCCUUUCCCUUCAAAAGAGAUUGUUUGGAACUAGACUAAUCUGUUCCUGAGCAUAUCUCUUCAAGAACAGCCCUUGUGGCCUCACAGUGGAUCACAAUGCUGGUGGUUGUGUGUUGGCUAACGCAAUAGCUUGAGGUGCUUGUUCACUGAAAGAAUGUGGGUAGAAGUGAAAUUGAGUCAUUUGGCGAUGCCAGGAAUAUUACUUCUGGCAAAAAGGCGACUGCUUCCAGUGAUCUGUGUGUUCUACGUAUUGAAGAAAAUGAUGUACAAGAAAUAUAACCAUCAAGGAACAAUUUUGUAUAUUUAAGUGACCUAGUACCUCAGCAUUCACAUUCCUACCCAUAUCUCAACUUGUUGGAAAUACAAACAAAAGACAAGUCCAGCAGUGCUGUAUGGUAAGAAACUGAAUGGAAAUGUGAACGAUCUGCUUAAACCAGGAAGUAUGAGAAAGCAUUAAUUAAUCAGAAAUAUAAUUUAAUUUGGUAGAUCAAGAAUUCCUGAAUUACAUCCCCUGUAUUCUAAAGCAAACACCUUGAAUUAUAUACUAAAUAACAAAACAUACUUUGAGAAAUUAUGGCUGAGCUCAUAUGUUCAUUUAGCAAUAACAAAAGAUUGUUGACCUAAUUUUAUUGUUUGUAACCGACUUGACGACAGUUUCAUUUUUCAUGAACACAUGUACAGUUCUGAUUAACACAGGCUCACAUGGGACCACCAGUGGCUGUAAAGUCUUAGUAGUUUAAAAACAAAGAUUUCUUUAGCUUUCUUCUGCUUCUCAUUCUGCAGUCUGCCCAUUUCUUCCUCUUUGCCUCCCUGCCACUCUCCUACUGGCCUGUGCCCAUAUGUGUGUGUCUAUGUAUGUCUCUUUCUCUUGCAUUUGCUCACCUUUUGCUUUCUCUCCCUGUUUCACACUCUGCUCUCCGCUUUCUACCUGUGUACACUCUGUCCUCUCCAUGUCUUCCACUUUACCUGGUUGAUAUCAUUGAUGGUACAAGAUGAGCUAUACUCUGCCAAUAUAAGUGAAAAAGCCCGCGUCAUAACAUGUUACUGUGCAAUGUGUGUAUGUUCCUUACUCCCUGGCCUCACUUCAGAUUGCAGUUUUUAUAGCAGUAACACAGGAGAUAGCAGUAAAUAACUACCAAAAGCCCCAGGAAUAGCUCUUGGAACUUCAGAUGUACUUUGACCAAGUGUUUGUAUUAAACUAUAUCUAGAUUGUAGAAACAGACUUCUGAAUAAAUCACUUGACAAAAUUAUUGGAGGUAUUGGGUACUUGACUGAAAGAAUAUCAAAUAUUUGAAAACAUCUGCUCUGCACGCUGUAUUGCAUUCUAAAUUUUACACAAUAUCGCAGAACAUCACAUCAGGUAUCCUUUAGUAAUACAACAUUUUAAGACAUAUACAAGACCCACUUACAACCUUUAAAAUAGUUGACCAUCAGUUUACAAAGUUACAUGCCUUUUUGUUUUGAAGAUCCUUUUGCAGUAAUCAUGCUUUGUAAGUGGGUACAAAUUGUUUUCAUUUUCUCAAACUGCAAAUCAUUUGUCAUUCAAUCCAACGCAAUCAGCAAGUUGACAGUAUCAUAGAAUCCCUACGGUGUGGAAGCAGGUCAUUUGGCCCUUUGUGUCCACACCGACCCUCCAAGGAGUAUCCCACCCUAGACAACUGCACAUUGUUGGACUGUGGGAGGAAAGCAGAGCACCUGGUGGAAACCCAUGCAGACACGGGGAGAAUGUGCAAACGCCACACAGUCGCCCGAGUGUGGAAUCGAACCCGGGUCCCUGGCCCUGAGAGGCAGCAGCGCUAACCACUGAGCCAACGGGCCGCCCACCGCUUCAACAUUUUUUCUCAUGUUAGAUUAGGGCCCUUUUGAGGGGCUUUGAAGUCACCAUGUGCACCCUGCAGCUAGAGGAUCGGUUAGCUUAGUUGGCUGGAUAGCUGCUUUGCGUCACAGAGUGAUGCUAAUCGUGAGUUCAAUUCCUGUACCGGCUGAAGUUACCAUGAGGGACACUCCUUCUCAAUCCCUCCUCUCGCCUGAGGCAUGGUGACCCUCUGGUUAAUCUGUCUAAUGAGAGAAAAACCCUGUAGUCUAGUAGAUUGAUGGUGACUUUAGCUUUAGAUCCUGCAGUUAACUGACUGAGCAGUUCGACAGCAUCAUAUAUUCCCACUUUUGCUUUAAAUUCCCACUUUAAUGGCUUGAUUUUUCCCCUGUGCAAAAAGAAAACUCGGUAUUUAGUGCUUUCUGAGCAAAGGAAAAUUAUUAAUAUCAUCAGUGCAGCCCGUUAUUUUGGAAAACAAAUUUAUUUGGACUGCAUUCUGUUUAAAGAUUUAUAUAUUCUCUCUAACUCUUGUAGAUCACAUCAAUCCUGUAUGUUUCAGUUCGUUGAUCAUUUGUGUCUGUUAGUCAUUCCUGAGCUGAUGUUUUCUCUGGGGC